UUCUCUUUCUCCGGUGGCGUUUUGCUCCUUUUCACUAUAACUUUGUGACGGCGUGCACAGAUCUUAAACUCGUUUUUUUUGUUAGAUUCUUUUUGUGGUAACAGAGCAGAAGAGCUAACAUGCGGAGUCUGAUCUUUGUGGCCGCUCUCGCCGCCUUUGCUCGGGCCAGUGAUGUGCUCGAAUUCACCGACGACGAUUUCGAAAGCAGAAUUGGAGAUCAUGAUCUUAUUCUGGUGGAGUUUUUUGCCCCUUGGUGUGGUCACUGUAAAAGGUUAGCACCGGAGUAUGAGGCAGCUGCCACCCGUCUGAAAGGCACUGUACCUCUUGCUAAGGUUGACUGCACAGCCAACACAAACACCUGCGGCAAGUAUGGUGUCAGUGGUUACCCAACCCUGAAGAUUUUCAGGGAUGGAGAGGAAUCUGGUCCCUACGAUGGACCCAGAAGUGCAGAUGGGAUUGUCAGCUUCCUGAAGAAGCAGGCUGGCCCAGCUUCUGUGGAGAUCAAAACUGAAGCUGAGUUUGAGAAGUUUAUUUCAGACAAAGAUUCCAGUGUUAUUGGAUUCUUUGCAGAUGACAAGAGCACAGCUCAGGCAGAGUUCACGAAGGCUGCCAGUGCCUUAAGGGAAAACUAUCGCUUCGCUCACACAAACUCUGAAGCUCUCCUCCAGAGUAAUGGCAUUGAUGAAGAGGGAAUUAUCUUGUUCCGCCCUCCACGGCUCAGCAACAAGUUUGAAGACAGUUCUGUCAAAUACAGCGAAGGAAAGUUCACCAGUAACAAAAUCAAGAAGUUCAUCCAGGACAACAUUUUUGGAAUCUGCCCUCAUAUGACAGAUGACAACAAAGACCAGAUAAAGGGGAAGGACCUGCUGGUGGCUUACUAUGAUGUUGACUAUGAGAAAAAUCCAAAGGGUUCAAACUACUGGAGGAACAGGGUGAUGAAGGUUGCCAAAGGAUUUCUGGACCAGGGCGAGAAGCUGAGCUUUGCUGUUGCUAACAAGAAUAUGUUUGGCCAUGAAAUUUCUGAGUUUGGCAUGGAUCAUGGGUCAGGGGAGCUACCUUUAGUGGCUAUCCGCACCACCAAGGGAGAAAAAUAUGUCAUGACUGAGGAGUUCUCCCGUGAUGGAAAGGCCCUGGAGCGUUUUCUGCAGGACUACUUUGAUGGCAAGUUGAAGCGAUACCUUAAAUCUGAGCCCAUCCCAGAGGACAACACUGGACCUGUAAAGGUGGUUGUGGCUGAGAACUUUGACUCUGUUGUCAAUGAUGAAACCAAAGAUGUAUUGAUCGAGUUCUAUGCUCCAUGGUGUGGUCACUGCAAGAACUUGGAGCCCAAAUACAAAGAGUUGGGAGAGAAGUUGUCCAGUGACCCCAACGUUGUUGUUGCAAAGAUGGAUGCCACAGCCAACGAUGUUCCAUCACCAUAUGAAGUCAGCGGCUUCCCCACAAUCUACUUUUCACCAGCGGGACAGAAGAUGAGCCCAAAGAAAUACGAGGGCGGUCGUGAGGUCAGUGACUUCAUCUCUUACCUGAAGAAGGAGGCCACCAACACACUGGUAAUGCAGGAAGAACCCAAGAAGAAAAAGAAUGUUAAGAUAGACCUAUAAAAGCUCCAAGCUGGGACUUGACUUCUCGCCACAUCAGGAGGAGGAUUAGUCGAUCCACGCAGAGAAAGAACUAAAUUAUCUUCCACUCGUUAAGUGAACUACCGAAUGCUCUGAGGCUAAGUCUAAUAGACGUGGCCCUCCUAUAGGUCCUUUGCUGCUCUGGGAAUAAUGUGGAGGGGUAGCGGCCAGGACUUGUCUUACUUUUGAAAUCAGAUUUAUCGGGAAGAGGGG